AUGCACUUCUCCACUGUCACUCUCGUCUCCUUGACCCUCUUGGCGAGCCAUGCUGUGGCACUAGUGCCAAGGAGUCCAUUCGUUCAACAACUUUCCGCGAGGCAACUUUCGACAGAUGGUUGUCCCACGUGCAGUACCGUCGAUAGCAAUAUCAAUGCCUGCCCCGACGACUCAUGCUUGUGUACUGCCGCAUUCGCAGAUGCCCUUUCAACCUGCCUCAACUGCCUCUACGCAGAACAGCCAACUCCAAAGUUGCUCACCGAUGAGAACAAGCUGAUCAGCGACUUUGACGACGCUUGCCCUGCUUUCAGCAUUCCUCCAGUCAAGACCUCAUCCGGCGGUGCCACCACUGCAACCCCUAUUGUUUCCUCAACAUCCCUGAGAGUCACUUCGACCACGAAAACCUCCAUCGCGACAUCGGUUGCAGCAGGUACCACCGUUUCACCUCCCAAGGAGACCGCGACCGCCGUCACAGGAACUGAUGCAACAAAAUCCACCUCCAGCUCAAGCUCAAGUUCAAGCGGCAAUGUCAUUCCUACCCAUGCCAGCGGCGCCACUUCAGCCCAGAUACAAGCUCUCGUCGUACCAGCCGCCGUUGUUCUUGGUGGUUUCCUGGCGUUGAUGUAA